AAGAAUAACCCAUCGCAAUUCAAGGAAGAAGGAGAAAACGGAGUGUAGAACGAUGAAGGUCUUUGAUAUCCUCAAAGAAACUCUCACCAUUUUUUACAAAAACAUUAACUUUGUCUUCUUCACCAUUCUAACCUCCCUUCCUCUCUUUUGUUUCUUGAUUUACUAUGAAACCUUCCUACAAAAGUUCCUGUUAAAGAGCACUGAAAGUCUCCCACUACGAAACACGAGCUCUUAUAUUCGUCCUUAUUCUUCAUUGGGUGACUCAUGGUUUCUACCAGUUGAUAUAGUUAGAAACUUAAACAAGUACCAUUUUAAUGAGCUUAUUCAAAUGGGUUUUCUCUACUUGGUCCCACUUCAUCUCCUAGAGCUCUGUAGCCUACUUGUCACUGUUGAUUUGUCUUCAAAGAUUUAUAGAGAAGACAAAGCAUUGACAUUUAUGGAUAUGUUGCAUCUAAGGAUCGACAAAGCAAGAUUGCGAGGCACUGUUAUUACGUUCCUCUAUGUUGUGUUCGUGUCUACAUGUACUCUCCUCGGAUUUAUAUGGUUACUAUUAACCUCCUCUGCUGUUUUCAGGAUCUUCACACAUGAAAAUGUAAUUGUUUUGAAUAAUUUGGUAUGGGUGUCUUCAUUGGGAUUUUAUCUUUUCGAUCAUCUAUUAUAUGGGUCAAAUCUCUUGUUACUGGUGAUAAUUUACUUGCCUUGGUGUGCUAUAUGGAACUUGGGUCUUGUGAUUUCAAUCUUGGAAGGGAUGAGUGGGAUCAAAGCUUUAGGUUCAGCAGCUUAUCUUAGCCUAAGAAAUACUCAGAAUGGAGUUAGUUUGGUGCUUAUUUUCACUAUUUGGGAAUUGGGUUUGAGGGCACUAUGCCUCUAUUUUGGCUGCUAUGAAACAUGGAUUGGGAUUGUUGGUUUGAUCAGUUUGUUAUGCUUGGGAAAUGCACUUAAAUGGGUCUCUUUUGUGGUGUACUUUCAAGAUUGCAUAAGGCGAAUUUCUAGGAAGAAAACUAGUCAGGAACAAGGUUUAGACAUGACAGGGUAAAGCAAUGUUUGUCUAAGUGGUCAACAAAUUGUAACUUUGUUUUGGUAAGAAAUUCCAAGCCAUAAUGAGCUUUAUCAUUCUGUAAUUUUCAGUGAAUUUGUGCAUUCUCUAUUUUUCUUUUUUUACAAAAAAAAAUACAUAUAUUUUUAGCUUC